GCCUUCUGGGCCUCUUCCAUUUCUUUGGCUUUCUGUGUCCACCAUACUUCACGAUCAUAUCGCAAGCUCACUUUCACUUGGCGUCUGAUAGCUCUUCGCACCGGGUUAUGUUCGGGACCGGUUGGGAUAUUUCUUCGAGAUUUAAGUAGUGCCACCGUUCGGUCUGAUAUCCAGUGCUUGAGUGCGCCUGGUUGGGUCGUGCCACAGGCAAAAUUCCCAGCACUGUGCAAAGGGGUAGCAAUCUCGUCCCAGUAUGAGUUCACAUCUGAUGGUGGAGCACUUGGAGAGGACUCUAGAAGACGAUUCUUAUGCGGAGGUUGGGUUCGAAUCAAGAACCUUCUGGUUAGUGUUCCACAUCCACCCACCUACCGCCUCACCACAGCCGAUGUUUUUGAUCACAAGGGGGACCCUCGAAUUGAGAAACUCAAGCAGCAUUUUGUCCUCGAAGGACGCGUUACCGAAGAAGUCGCACUGAAAAUCAUUCGUGGUGGUGCCGCACUUUUGCGUGAAGAAAGUACGGUGUUGAAUAUUGACGCACCAGUUACCGUUUGCGGGGAUAUCCAUGGUCAGUUUUUCGAUCUCAUGAAGUUGUUCGAAGUCAGCGGAAAUCCGGCGACAACUCGGUACCUAUUCCUGGGGGAUUACGUUGACCGUGGCUACUUCAGCAUUGAGUGUGUUUUGUACCUAUGGGCGCUGAAGUUGCUGUAUCCGACAACAUUCUUUUUACUUCGUGGGAAUCACGAAUGUCGCCACCUGACGGAGUACUUCACGUUCAAACAAGAAUUAACCGAAAUGCUGGUCAGUGUCCUCAAAAUCUGUUCGGAUGACGAGCUCAUGAAAGAUGGCGAUGACGCCUUUGAUGGUCUCUCAAUCACAUCAGGUGCGUCUGUGGCAGCUCGUAAAGAAGUUAUCCGAAACAAGAUUCGGGCAAUCGGUAAAAUGGCUCGGGUGUUUACUGUACUAAGUAAUCCACCAAACGACACACUUAUACUUUCGUCCCUGUUCUUCCAAUUAGCCUUAUCUGGCAUUGCUCCUGACAGUGCCACCCAAUUCGAAAAGGCUCGAGCUAUCGAUCAAAUCAACGAACGGAUGCCUCCAAGACGGGAUUCUGUUACUACUGUACCGGUCGUUAAUUUGUCCGGCCGUACGACCGGCUCCGCCAGUCGGCCAACCGACCGUAAACCUGCCGAAGCCAGUCAUGUCUCAACAUCACGAGUGUCUCCGUCUUACACACAUCGUGGCUCUGUCCAGCGCAUCAGCACAGAUCAGGGAGAUUCGUCACCCGGUGCUGGUGGAUCAAACCCCUCGACGGUCCGCGCCGCGAGCAAUGGUAUUACCCCGGGUAGCUGUUCCAGACUGCCGUCGUGUUCAACUGACCCACCAAUCACUGGUAAAAACUAUCCAUCGGUCACUAGCACAGUUUCCACGACUCGAGGAUCGGGAGAAUCAGGUGGGAGCUCACGAAAGUGA